AUGGAGUUCGUCAACGACCCUUUUGUUCUGCACGCCAUCGCGCUGAUCCUCACGCCGGUCUCCGUGCUGGUCUUCGUACUCCUCUGGAUAAACACACGCGAGGUGCGGCGAUUCAUGGCGAAUGCGCCGCUGCAGCAACCACAACCGCCGCCUCCGGUGCAGCGGUCAUGCAGGAAGCCGACGUACAUCGACCUCUUCACUGCCAACUCACCGUACAGCAUGAGCGCCAGCGCAGCGGCCGAUGCUCGACGGACGCCGCUCUUCACGGCUGAUGACAGCAGUACGUACAGCUGCUUUGGAGACUCACUCGUCCCACGGCCGUGGCUGCUCACCCCUGAAGACGCCCCUGCGCUGGACAUCGCACUAAACUGUGGUUGA